CUCACUCCUGGACAUCAAGUCGAACCUGGUGGUGGCACAGGAAACCGUUAAAGUCACACAGGUGAAGAACAGUUAUUUGCUUGAGGUAGAAGAUCUGGAGAGGUGCCUUUCCCACUUGGAAGAGUAUGAUGUCACCAUAUCUGUUUUAGCAACCGACUGCCACCCAUCAGUGCAGAAAGUCAUCAGCCUGGAAUAUAAAUCCAUACAGCAUGAGUAUGACCUCUGGCACAUUGUGAAGUCUGUCAAAAAGCGACUGCUGCAGUGCCACAACGAGGAGCUGUUUGAGUGGAUCAGAAUGAUCACAAACCACGUCUGGUUUUGUGUCACAACAUGUUUGGGAAGUGUGAUGAAGCUGAAAGAGAAGUGGAUCUCAGUCCUUCAUCACAUUACCAAUGUGCAUUACUGGGUGUCCGGUGAGACAAUUAUGCAUUGCAUAAAACAGACACAUUAUUCAUACUAUCCUACAUUGUAUUAAGGAUACAAACACACCCCAAAAAAACAAACAACUAAAUAUAAUAUAAAUGCACAUUGAACAACUAUUUAAUGGCAAACAUUAAACAAUUAAGUAAUAUUCCAUGGAUAACAGCCCUGAUGGCGCUGACAGCACAGGCUGGAAUGGGAACCCGGUUCUUCCUCCCCAAAUGCCCCCUGGCCCAAAGGGUAAACUGGCGGUACGCAGUCAACCUGAAGAGACUGGUGAAAAAGAAAUGUAUUAGUUACAUUACGUUUAAUCACAUGUACUCAUACAUUUCCUCUCCAAAACUGUUUGCUAUUCAUGCAGUCUCAAAUUAUUCAAAGUUAAGUUCAUAAACUACUUCUUUGUUUACAUCUGGUUGUACUCAUAAUGCCAAGUGACCCAUUUCAAAUUAUUGAAUUAUAUUAUUGUAUUACAAUUAUUGAUGAAUUAAUAUGUACAUCACUUUAAUGUUGGUGGGUAGCUUGUAAAUUCCACCCCAGAUUAUUAAGUGAAUCAUUUCUGUCAGAUUCCUGAAUGUGCCUACUGUGUAUUGAUGAUCUCUCAGUUAUUGAGAAUGAACCCGAGUAAAUGUCUCUCUAUAUUCAACACCAAACUGUCUACACCACAGUGUUUUGACUGACGGAACAAAUGUAGACUGGAUGGUCAGACUCCAAUGAACCCCCCAGCAACCCCGCAAGGAUUAACAGCUGAAAGGAAUCUGCUUUGCUCCUCCUGAAUCUGUGGUUCAACAAUCUGUUGGAGCUUUCUUUCCAGCACUCUGGAAAAACUACCCCCGGGGAGGCUGAGGAGUAUGAUUCCCCGAUAAUUGGAGGACACCCUCCGGUCCCCCUUUUUAAGAAUGGGAACAACUGCACCUAUGUCUGCCAAGACACCCCAGCAAUGUCCAGAGCCAUCAAUUCAAUUCAGUUCAAUUCAAUUUGCUUUGUAGGUGAAGAGGAUUUUAAAUUCUAUUCUGACUUUUACAGGGAGCCAGUGCAAAGAGGCUAAUGCAGGAGAAAUAUUUCCUUUUCCUUGUCAAUGAAGGCAUAUCCUUUUCCUCUUCAGGCUCGGCAGCACUGCCCAGCAACAUGGCCUUCUUAUCAAGUGGACAAGCAAAAGAGCCAGGUGGCACUCAGCAUGUUACUUCCUGUCUUUCGACCAAUCACAGGACUGCUACUGAGGAGAAGAACAUGAGCAUUUUCAGUAGAGCAAGAGUACAGCAAGACUCUAGAUCUUUGAGAGGGAGUGAAGGCUCUGCAGCGGUCAACUCCUUUUGCCCUCUAACCUCCCGGGCACAGAGGAAGAAGGAGAGGGAGGGGAGAGAGGAGGAACUGCAGAGGAUGAGGAAAGAGGGGAUGGAGGAAGACAGGAGGGAGGAAGCUGAGGGACACCUCCUGAGAUCUCGCAAGCUCUCCCUACAGGUUGCCAUGGUGACAGGAUUCUCUGAACACAGAACUUCCUAUGUCAGAUCCAUUCCUCCCUUAAAGCCUUGCACAGGGGUUGGCAGCAGACAAUCCCCCAGGCCUAGCAGUACCUGUAAAGUAAGAGGCCAUCCCCAAAGCAGACCCCGGAAAAUUAACAACAAACACCUCUCCCGGCAUAGCAACCAAGAGCUGCCUCGCAAUCAGCACCUUUCUCCCCACCACUGGCCAGUCUCUAACUAUUGUAGCAACCCCAAGACCUUCAGUAGUCUCCCGAACUCAGGAAUAAAUUUAAGCAGGAGUCCAGCUCAAAUACCAUUGACUAAUGGUUCAGUCAUCAGACAGCUAAGUGAAAACCCUGGAAUCCUAAGGUUGUCCAGAAGGAGGAGAGGCCUCCCACCAGACACCAGCCAUACCCAUCUGAAUCAGGUUCCUUUGGACAACAACUCUUUAAUCAAGUGCAGGACAUUGCAAUACAAUGAUGGUGAUGUCCUUUUGGAGAGUGACUGUCAUAUUAGUGAGAUCCCACAUACGGAAGCCGAUAGUGAUAAAGAUGUGAGAGCGGCAUAUGUUAACCAUAUGGAUAAAAUCACUGGUAGUAAUGAUGAAGAAUUUAAACAAGAAAAAUGUGGCCACAUUGGAGAGAUGACACUAGAGAGGGGCAGUUGUAUCAGCGAAGACUUACAGGACAAGGUAAAUGUCGGAAAGUUAAGUUUGGAGAGCAAUACCAACGUCAUCACAAACUAUGACCUCAGCCCUGUCAGUAAGGUCAUAUGCAGACAUGUGAGAGAAAAAAGACUUCAGAGAAAGCAGUCUGCGUCAUCCACAAUCCCUAAGCCAAAUAUCAGGACUAAUGUUUCCAGGACUUUUGCAAGAGCUGCUACUGCUAGGACUACUAUAACUAAAGCUGAUAUCAGCUCAGUGACAUCUGUGCAUGUACACACUGACCAACCAGCGAAUUAUUCUGCCAAGCACACUGCUAAGGGUACUUACAAAGGUAAUAGUAAGAACAUUACCAAGUGUACUUCACCAGCCUGCAGUUACUCUAUCCACAAUUCCAAAGGUGCUGCAAAGGACUCUUCCAAGGGCACCACAGAGGACUUGAGUGCAACUGUCAGUGACUAUUGUAGCACUUCCAAGGGCUCUACAAAGGGCCUUACCCAAACCAAGUCUCCUACCUCAGCCAUUAAGACCAGGACCAGCCCUAGAAUCCUUCAGAAGCGCUAACAUUUACCUUCACCUACAGAUUUACUAUUUGCUAUAUUGAGAAUUAAUGUUGACGUCAAGGCAUGAUGAUGGUUGCUGGCUGGUUGGAUAGUGAUGCAGUGACUAUGUACUGUAUGCUAAAUUUUUCCAUAAUUUGGGGAUUUUGUAUAGAAUUUGAAUUCUAUAUGUCAAAUAGAUAAUGGACAGUAUAUUGAUUUCAGAUGCUUCUCUUCUGAAUCUGAAAUUACAGCUUGAUAUUUUUGUAUUAUUAUAUCACAUUGAAGAGGUUUUAUCAAAGCACAUAGUUUAACUUCAGUCAGUAUGCUGAACAGUUUUCAGUAGCUUACCUAGAGAAAGAUGCCAUGGCCAAAGCUAGAUGCCAUUGCUCUGGAGUUUUUUAACAGCCAUGUUAGUAUACCUAUUUACUGUCAUUUCAUUUUAACAGGAAUACUCUGUUCAACAAUCGAUAACAUAAAAGUCCUAGGGAUUUUUCACUUAAAAGCCUCACCAGAAUUAAAGUUUCACAUUUUCUGUCUUAAAACAAUAGUCAAGUGCUCAUAUAAACAACGACACAGGUUUUACUUGCUAUAAUUGUUCCUCCUGUUCAUACUGAGUCUCCUGCUGGGACCCCUGUCUGCUUCUCCAAACUCACACUAACGUCUGUCUACUGCAGGUUACACGCUAUGUACACUAAGUACCUCAUACACCUGACUUAAAAAAACAAGUCUAAGUAAGACAAAUGAAGUGGAUAUUUUCCAAACUUGCAGCCAUUUUUAUUCAAGAUUCCUUUUUUCUGGUUA